AUGUCCAUGCUCAUGGCCUGCCAGCGCCGUCGAGGCAGCCGGAGCAUCGCGGAGAGGGGAGGAGAGGGCCGGCCGGGCCGGGGGGAGCUGCCGUCGGAGGGGCGGGCGCGCCUGGCUCGGGACCGCCCCAGCGGCGUCCGGAGGGAAGCAGCCCGGCCGCAGCUCCUGCUCGUCCCCGGGCCAUGCCCGGCUCCUCUCUCCGUCGGCGGGGGGCCGCGGGCGGCGGAGACAGCGUGGGGGAAGGAAAGAACGCCUCCGUUCCAAACCCGUUAUGGUCGGCUGAAAAGGCACUUCUCUUCCUGCCAAGAGGACAUGCGCCCCCAGUUCUGCGUGAACUCCGACAUUGCAGACUGGCUUGCCUCCAUUCACCUGGAGAGAUACCUGGAUGCCUUCAAGCAGCUGGGAUAUCGCUCUGUGAGGGAUGUGAUCUCUUUGGAGAAGGAGGAUCUGCAGAAGCUGGGCGUCACGGCUACUGGUCACCGCAAAAGGAUCCUGAACCUGGUGGAGCAAACCCAGCUGCUGGCGGGGGACAGAAACUGGCACAUGGCAGGCGAUGUGCGUUACAAGGCUAGCAAAUGUGCAGAUUCUCCGGAUGGGCCUAAACCGAAGAACGGCACUGGUGGAAGCAAAGAAAUCUCAGCAGAACUGGUUUCUGGCCUUGUGAUCGAGCAUGACGUGGUGGAUCGCUCCCAGCCUCUGCCACCAGAUAGUGACCUGGUGGCUUUGGUGGCCAAGCCGGUACCCAAGCCCCGGACUGUGUUUCCUCGCUCGUGCCAAGGAGUCAAGCUGGAGCAUGACUCUGCGGCACCAGCACGCGCAUCUCUGCCUGUCAGUAAAACCACUUCUGGCUCACAACCUGCUCCAGCAACCUGUGUUCUGGAGGGAUUUGAUCCCGGGGAACGCACUGCAGAUGCUGAGGGGCCCCAGGCUGGGCUGGGAGACCAAAUCCCAGAGCUCCCUCUGCCACCCCAGAGUGGGCCAAGGGGAGAGAACGUGGGACCUUCUCUGCAGGCUUCGGCUCCUCCGAAUGAAAGGAGCCACCAGGUCGAGUGCCAGCCGGGCGCCUCCUUUUCUUCGCCCCUGACGUGUUUCCCCUACGCAAGCCAGCCUACAGGCAGCUGCCCAGCAGAACCCGUUCCAGCUGCUGCCACCGUGCUGAGAGAGCCAUUGGUAGUUCAAGCCGCUGUCAUCAGGGCAGCCUCCCCACAGGGAAGGACCGAGAGGGUGCCGGGGGGCCCUGGUGAUGGAGCCGACCUCCUGCCUUCACCAGCUGCGAGCAUGGGAGCGAAGGAGCCUCCGAGGAACUGCCUCAAUGUGCCGUCGGCAGACACUGCCACGGAAAAUAGGACUCUGGACGGUGAGCGGGCGAGUUUCCUGGGACAGCCCUGCCUAGGCCUACACCACGUAUCACAGGCGCUGGUCAACAGAACAGACCCUGUUGAGGAACUCAUCAGCCCCUAUUGUGAAGGCAUGUUUGGACAUUCGUGGUCUUGCCAGGAGCAGGAAUAUGAAGAGUUGCCGGAGUGUGUGCCAAGCCAGGGUGGAGGAGGAAGAGAAGGAGAAGGACACCUGAACGGAAGCCGCGGCACAGAAGAAAUGAAUCCGGCUACUCAGAGCGGGGCCAGCCACACGGCCCAUAGCGAAACCGAGGGCUAUUCUACGGUGGAGGCACCCCAGUCCCGAAGCUCCCCACUCGGACUCUCCAACCAUCUGCACAUGGACGAAGCCUUAGACGACUUGACCAUCUCCCCUUACGCCAGCUACACCUCCUUGUCAGAGCGCCCGGCCACUGUGCUCAGCGGCUGGCUGGACAAGCUCUCCCCACAGGGGAACUACGUUUUCCAGCGCCGAUUUGUCCGAUUCGAUGGGAAAAACCUCAUGUAUUUCAACAACGAGAAGGAGCCCUACCCAAAAGGCCUGGUUCCUCUCUCCAUCAUCGAGAUGGCCCGCUGCACCAAGGACAACAAGCUCCAGGUCGUCACGAGUCACAGGAUCUUUGUCUUCCGCGCUGAAAGUGAAGCGCAGCGGAACAUCUGGUGCAGCACCCUGCAGCAGAAGGUGACGGAGCAGCGCCUGCUUUCUCCCCGGCCUCCCCUCAGCAGCGGCGGAAAGCCACUCCAGAAAUCUGGCUACCUGGAGCUCAAGGGCUACAAGUCCAAGGUUUUUGUCGCUCUGAUCCUGUCCGAGCUGUGGCUGUACAAAAGUGAGCAGUUCUUCAAAAUCGGCAUCGCCAUCUGCCUGAUAGAGAUGCAGGGCUCCACGAUUCGAGAGGCGAAAGGGCGCAGCUUUGAGCUCAUCACCCCCCUCAAGAUCUUCAGCUUUGGAGCAGAGUCUGAGCGAGAGAAGCGGGAGUGGAUGGAGGCCUUGCAGAACUCGAUCGCCGAGAUGCUGUACGACUACGAGGUGGCUGAGAAGAUCUGGUCGAACAAAGCCAACCGCUUCUGCGCCGAUUGCAGCGCCCUGAACCCUGACUGGGCCUCUGUCAACCUGUGUGUGGUAAUCUGCAAGCAGUGUGCAGGUCAACACCGGAGCCUGGGCUCCAGCAUCUCUAAGGUGCAGAGCCUGAAGCUGGACACCGGUGUCUGGAGCAAUGAGAUGGUUCAGCUAUUCAUUGUGCUGGGGAACGAGCAGGUGAACAGGUUUUGGGCUGCCCGCCUCCUGCCCUCGGAGGCCUUGUACCCAGACGCCAGCACCGAGCAGAGGCGAGACUUCAUCAUCCACAAGUACCGCUACGGCCACUACCGCUCACCGCAUCCCCAGUACAGCAGCCAGGAACACCUUCUGCAGGCUCUGUGUGCAGCUGUUUCUGGACCCGGGCUCUUGAAGACGAUGCUGCAGUUCUUUGCGGCUUCCCCAGAAAGCGAAGCAGGAAGUUAUGAGGCUGUUCUGGAGACUGGGAGAGACCAGCGACAGAGCGGUCCAGGUGGUGUGGAAGAACUGAACCUGGAAGGGGUCUACAAUGAGGUCACCCAGCCAGUGGCCCAGUGCGGCUACCUGUACAAGGCCCCAGCCAUGACCAAACUUGCAGCUGCCAAGAAAAGCAGAGAGGAAUUUCAGAGAGUCUGGUGCUCCCUGGAGAAGUGUCUUCUGGUUUAUGAGAGUGACAGGAGCUUGGAGCCUUUGGGGAAGGUAGAAAUGGAGGAAGUGAUGUCACUGGGUGUCAACCGAAUAUAUGCCCCAGCCAGUCCUGGCUCCUCAGACAGGUUUCCCUUCACACUGGAGCUGUAUCUGAGCAGCGAUCGAGUGCAGCCACUGGGGGCGGACGGGCCGGACACGUUGCAGUCCUGGGCCAGUGCCAUUGGCAAGUGGUUCACCCCUCUCUGCUGUCACUGCCUGCUGAGCUACGAGUUCCAGCGGGUGGGCAGGCUAAGCUACAAGUCCAUGCUGAAUCCCGACCAGUGGCUGCAAGGCUUCUUCGUCCUCCAGAAGUCCCACCUCUUCAUCUGCCCCAAGGAAGGGGAGGGAGCCACCGAGGACAGCAUCAAUCUGCGGCAGCUGCAGGAGCUUAGUGUGGUCCCUCUUGCUGAAGAUCCAGAGAAGAAGGAAAUGCUGGUCCUCGUGGAGAUGGGGCGGACCUUUCAUCUCCAAGGGGCCUCUCGGCUGGACUUCUCGGCAUGGUGCGUUGCAAUCCAGGCCUCGGCAGGAGGCCAAGGGAACGCCUUGCGGGACCAGCAGCUCAGCCGGAGCGGCAUCCCCAUCAUCGUGAACAGCUGCAUUGCCUUCAUCACCCAGUAUGGGUUGCGACAUGAAGGUGUUUAUCGGAAGAACGGAGCCAAAUCUCGCAUCAAGGCUCUGAUGGAGGAGUUCCGACGUGACGCCCGAAAUGUCAAGUUGCGCAUCAGUGAUAACUUCAUUGAGGAUGUGACGGAUGUGCUGAAGAGGUUCUUUCGGGAGCUGGAGGAUCCUGUGUUCACCUUACACCUACACCCCCAGUGGCAAGAAGCUGCAGAAAUUCCCGAGAAGCCCCGAAGAUUGGAGCAGUACAAGAAGCUGAUAAGCUACUUGCCUCAUGUCAAUCACAGGACUCUGGCUGCCCUAAUUGGCCACCUGUACCGGGUUCAGAAAUGUGCUGACCUCAACCAGAUGAACACCAAGAACCUGGCUCUGCUCUUCGCACCCAGCCUCUUCCAGACUGACGGCAAAGGGGAGCACGAGGUCAAGGUGAUGGAGGACCUGAUUGACAACUACGUCCACAUCUUCAAUAUCGACGAGGACCGGGUGUCGCAGAUGGACUUGGAGAACAGCUUGAUUACUACCUGGCGGGAUGUGCAGCUCUCUCAGGCUGGCGACCUCAUUCUGGAGGCUUACCUGGAGCAGAAGAACCCUGACCGUUGUGUCACUCUUAAGGUGUCCCCGGUGAUGACGGCAGAGGAGCUGACCAAUCAGGUGCUGGAGAUGCGGAAUGUGGCCGCCAGCAUGGACCUUUGGCUGACCUUCGAGGUCUUGGAGAACGGUGAGCUAGAGCGCCCCCUGCACCCCAAGGAGAAAGUCCUGGAGCAGGCGCUACAGUGGUGCAAGCUGCCCAAACCUGGCUCUGCCUAUCUGUUGGUCAAGAAGGUGCCCAUCAAGGAGGGCAGCUGCCUCUUUACAGGUGCCAAACGCGAAAGCCCCAAAUGCGGGCUGUUGAAGUGCCGCGAGGAUCCACCCAGGCUUCUGGGGAGCAAGUUCCAGGAGCGCUACUUUGUCAUCAAGGACCGCAAGCUGCUGCUGCUGAAGGAGAAACGGAGUGCCCGGCCGGAGCGGGAGUGGCUGCUGGACUUGGCGAAGGUUUACAUGGGGGUUCGGAAGAAACUGAAGCCACCCUCACAGUGGAGCUUCACUCUGAUCCUAGAAAAACAGCACCUGUAUUUAGCAUGCACGGGACAAUCUGAGCUUUGGGACUGGACCACCAGCAUCCUGAAAGCCCAGCACGACGGCCUGCGCCCGGUGAUCCUGCGCCGACACUCUUCUUCCGACCUGGCCAAGCAGAAGUUUGGCACCAUGCCCUUGAUCCCUCUGCGAGGAGACAGCACCAAUCCCAUCAUGCUCUCUGCAAACCAGACUCUGCGGCGUCUGCAUACGCGAAGGACAUUGUCCAUGUUCUUUCCCAUGAAGAUGCACCAGGACUCCCUGGAAGAGCAGCAGGAGGCGGCUGAGCCGGAGCCUGUCUAUGAGGAGGUGGGCAGCUUCCCCUCUGGGGGGUUCCUGGAGCUCAGCCCUUCCCUGCUGCCUCCUGUGGAUCGGACCAAGAAGCCGCCCCCCUGCUCCGAGCCAGCGCCGCCCAGCUCCCUGCCGCCCUGCCCAGCCCCAAGAGCCUCCGGGACGAACUCAGCAAAGGCCCUCUCCCUUGAGAGGGGCCUGUGGCUGGAGCCGGAUAAAGCCACCAUGAUCAGCAGGCUCCCCAGGCACAGGGGGGCGACUCACAGCAGCCCUGCCGAGAGAACGGCCGAGCCACCCCAAAGGGUGCCUGCCCCCAGCAGGGAGCAAGAGCAGCCGCCCGGGGUGCCAGUCCUUCCUCCGGAGACACCGUCUGCCCCGGGCGCUCAUGUUGGCGAGACGAGGAAGAAGAAGGUCUCGCUCAGCGACAAACUCAUUGAGGAACUGAGCACGGCCAUCUUUCAGAAGAACGACGGCCAGGCCUCCCUGCCGCUGGGACCGCAGGGCUUCUCCUCAGCUGCUGGGGACCAAGCCCAGCUGCAAGGGUCUGGCCCCACCUAA